AUGACAAAACCGCCAGCAAGGUAUCAAGGAGGCGAUUACAUCGCACAGGUCAAGGGACAAACGCCUUUCGAUCUCUGGCGCAGCGCCGCUUUUGCUGGCUUCGGAGCCUACUGCGGGAGCGUGUACCACUUCGUGUACGGGCCCAUAUACACGUGGCUUUUCCUGUCCCGAGUGGGGGCAUUGCCGGUGAUCCUGUUCGACAUGUCGGUCACCGUGCAGGUCCUGUAUUUCCCGGUGUACUACGCCGUGCAGGAGGUCGUCCGGAGCGCGACCCCAGCUUGGGGCCGGGUAUGGGCGGACCUCAACGCCAACAGGUGGGACGACACGCGAUCGCUCUGCUCGAUCUACCUGCCGCUCGCAUGGCUGAACUACACCUACGUGCCCUCGGCCUGGCGGGGCACCUUCUCGGGCGUCGCGGGCAUCGGCUGGGCGGUGCUUCUGUCACGCACGAGGGGCGAGCGCCGGACGGAGUAA